AUGGCCGGUGCUCAGACACUGGUGUGUGUGAAACAAGUGAAGCAAGAGGAACCAGAAGAGUGGGAUGAGAGCAUGCCAUUGCCUGGAGAUAUAAUUGAAGGGUUUUAUAAUUCUGAGAGUAGUGAUACUAUUGCUGAUGAGUUUUUUGUGCAUACCAAAGCCAAGUCAGAGCUUACCUCACAGCUUGCUAAGUUCAGCCAUGUUGAGGUCAUUUGGGUCAAGGUGAGAAGGGGUGAGAGCACACUCAAGCUCCAGACCCGUGUCGUGGCUGAGAGGAUUUCGAUGCUUCAGAGAAGGUAUACCAUUAGAGCAGCUACAGAUGACAGACAUGUUGCAAUUUUGGGGGACUUGACCUCAGACCAAUGUUCUGAGCUUCAGGAAUUGAGCAGGAGUUUGGUAAACGUGGAGUACAGAGGAUAUAACAAAAGGGGAGUUAAAUAUGACUGGAAGAUGAAAGUUGGUACCUAUUUGCCUGACCAACGUUGCACAAUUGUUAGCUCCAUUUUGUUCAUGCCACUGCCAGGCGAGAAAUGCACUGAGGCCACAACAGCCAGGUGCAUGGCUUGGUUUUCUGCAGCAGUUGCUUCAGGGGUUCCUCUUGUUUUUGUUAAUAUUCAAACAGAACAGAUCGUGUCGUCGGAGAAGAAUAAUUUGAUAGGAAAGGAUAUGAGUUGGGGUAGGCAGCAAAAUUACACAACAACAACAACAACAGUCCAAAUAGUGCAAGGCAUUAGACUGUGGUUCAUGCCCGGAGCUGCAGAAAUGCUAGUUGACUUGAUACCUCAACCUGGUGAAGCGCGGUUCGGAUUGGAAAUCAAACGCACUGACGAGGGACUGAUUUGCAUUCACUCAGUGGCAAAAGGUUCAGCUGCUGAUCGUUGUGGUCUUGGCAGCCUUCAUGAGGAAGCAUACGCAAGUGGCCGCCAGCUUGUGAUGUCUAGGUUAGAGGGCAAGAGCUUGAUGCCAUCACAUGUUAGCUCUGCGGGGCUCAUACACUGUUGUGAUCACACAGAAAUUAAAGAAACUCUUGCGUCGGCCAUUGACCAGAUGGAAAGCGUUCAGCUUCACCUCAUGGCCUGGUCUAACCAUUUACUUCCCAUUGCUCCGAAAGCUGUUGGCGCCACAACAGUACUCCGGCCGCCAAGUGGCUCUUGUCCCCCGAAAACAGGGUGA